AUGAAGGGAUCAGUUGACAAAAGACUAAGUCCCUAUGAAAGCAGGACACCUGUUGUACUUGCUACAAUAUUGGACCCCAGAUUUAAGAAGAAGGGGUUCAAAACAAGUGACGACGAGAAGCGAGCUGGUCAGUGGCUGGAAAAGGCCUAUGCUAGCCAUUUAACUAAAGAACGCUUGGCUGUAGAAGAAACGCAACCAACACCAUCCACGUCUUCAGGAACAUCUAAUGACCUGUUGGGAUUUCUAGACGUUCCGGACGUAUCGACCCCGUUGAGUAACUCAUUGGUAGAUGUCAGGCAAUAUCUCGAGAAGCCAGUAAUUGACAGAAAAGAGUGUCCUAUAACAUACUGGAAAUACACCAACAAUAAAUUGAAGGAAUUAGCGAUGCUCUAUCUCUGUAUUCCAGCAUCUUCUGUGCCUUCAGAACGAAUAUUUUCGAAGGCCGGACAAAUUUUAACCGAACGCAGAAAUAGGUUAAAAGAAAAAAGAUUAAAUGAAUUGUUGUUUAUAAAACAAAAUAGCUGUUAUUUUAAUGAUUGA